AGAUUGUGUAUCAAAUGAGAACAUGAAUAAUAUGGCGCUCUAGUCCAUUAUAGACCUCGUAGAUUCUCGGCUGUUUACAAUUCGGUGUUGUCACUGUGGUGUGUGGAAUCUGCAGGAGGCUUAGAGUUGUAGUUAAAUUACAGUUACAUUUGUAUGUCAGUACACUUCUAAAUCAAACUGAACGUGGGCGGCAUCAUUUCCUGCUGAAAGGCGAGAUUCCUCGUCCUGUCCUGUAAUAUACUCGUGUGUGAUUUACUUGGUGAUAAGAAAGGCAGCAUCUAACACCAUGGCGUUCGCAGGCCUCAAGAAACAAAUCAAUAAAGCGAACCAGUAUAUGACUGAGAAGAUGGGAGGAGCAGAAGGAACGCAAAUGGAUGUGGACUUUGUGGACAUGGAGAGGAAAACAGAUGUCACAGUUGAGCUGGUAGAAGAAUUACAAAUCAAAACAAAAGAGUUCCUUCAGCCUAAUCCAACAGCGAGAGCUAAGAUGGCAGCUGUGAAGGGAAUUUCGAAACUUAGCGGUCAGGCCAAGGCAGCAACCUAUCCACAGCCUGAAGGAGUCCUGGGUGACUGUAUGGUCACAUAUGGAAAGAAGCUUGGGGAUGACAGUAUGUUUGGUUUGGCAUUGAUUGAGAUGGGGGAGUCAAUGAAACAGAUGGCAGACGUGAAGUAUUCCUUGGAUGACAAUAUCAAACAGAACUUCCUUGAACCUCUACACCAUAUGCAGACUAAGGAUUUGAAAGAAGUUAUGCACCAUCGAAAGAAACUGCAAGGCCGACGGUUGGAUUUUGAUUGUAAGAGAAGGAGACAAGCCAAAGGUUCUCACAUUACAGAUGAGGAAAUCAAACUCUCCGAGGACAAGUUCGCAGAAUCUCUGCACCUUGCUCAGAUGGGGAUGUUCAACUUGCUGGAGAAUGAUGUGGAGUUGAUUUCUCAGUUGGCAACAUUUGCCGAAGGGCUUCUGGAUUACCACCAGCAGUGCACAGAAGUCCUCAGAGGCCUGACUGAAACACUAUUGGAAAAGAAAGAUGAGGCAGCAAGCAGACCCAAGGCUGAGUUUAUUCCCAAGACACUGGCAGACCUACAUGUUGAAGGCAUCUCAGAUGGUUUGAACGGUGCGCCACCCCUCCCACCCCCCAGUACUGGCACUUCUCAGGGUUCUUCUCCUGUGCACCCAAAACCGAAUCAACUGGAGCUGUUUCCCUCCACUGGCAGUGCGCCACGCUCUUCUAAUGCGUCUCCUUUGCCAUCGCCGAUGAGAUCUCCAGCCAGGACACCAAUGACAAAGAGUCCAUGUUGCACAGCCCUCUAUGACUUUGAGCCUGAAAACCCUGGUGAACUUGGUUUUAAGGAAGGUGACACCAUUACGCUGAUAAAUAGGGUUGACGAAAACUGGUACGAAGGCAGCGUUCACGGCCGUACUGGGUACUUCCCAGUGACGUAUGUGCAAGUUGUGGUACCACUACCUUGAUUUGCAUCACCAUUGUCCACAUCAGCACCUUUCAAUGGUAACUAGCUCUCGUCCUGUCUCAUCUCUAUCUGUUCCUUAUUAGACUAUCCACACUAUACUGCAGCCUUCUGUCAGUUAUAGUCUCAUUUCAUUGAAUAUUAUCUUGUCAGCAAUGAUACUUUUCUUUCCUGUUUCUACUAGUUUAUGAUAGACGUUAAAUUAAAAUUAUUAUGAAUGUUUCACAGUUUUCAUGAUGUAAUUAUAAGGAAGCAAAUGUAUCACACCAGAAUUCAGUGUAGUGAUUUUUAAUUUAGUUUUUAUAUUAGUAGAACUGUUUUAAUGACCAUCUUCACAACAGUUAAUUGAUGACUAUAUCAGUAAUUAUUUAAUGUAAGACUGCAGCAUGUUUUGAUUGUAUUUAUCAUCAGGCAAUAUGAUAUUUACAAAUCUUUUGAUAAUUUAGGAUUCAGUAACAAGGAUUUUUACUUGCAAAUUUUACACCAUUUGAUGAUGAUUGUAAUGAGUGAAACAUGUUGUGGUUUUGAAGUAAAUAGCUGUUUAGAUAUUCAACACUUAAUUGCUGUGUAGGUGGAUACUGGCAUUGUUGUUUGCGUUGAUUUUGUGAAUAUCAGUUCCAUUCAGUAACUUUUAAAAACAUUCAAGGGAAGUUUCUUCACCGUUACUGAUAACUUCACAUAAUGUAUCUUGUCUUCUUUAAGUACUGGUUAUGGAACGUCCAUGAUAACUUUAAUUAGUUACGAUGUUAUUUAGAUCACAAACUGGCUUUGGCAGGAAAUGAAAGUAUGAUAAUACUAAUAAAAAGCCAGUGGAAUUGCAGAAUACAUUUUUGACCAGUUUUGUUGUUGAUAUAAUGUGGAUGUUUUCUUCAUGCACAGAGGUAUUCUUAAUGCUGGGAAUCAGGAAAUAAAAGCCAAAUGCAGUGCAGAAGGCUGUGUGUAUGCGUUAAGCCCCCUUGAUGUACUCGUAUCAUUUGUACCGUGAUUUGUCUUAUGCUUUCCUUCAGUGCUAGGAAUCAGUUAGUUUGAAUGAUUCUACAAGUUGUAACAGUAAUUUUGUAAAUAUAUUUUAAACGACUGUAGUGAUGAAAGUAGAAUGAUGUACAUUUGCUGUGAUGUUUGUAUAGGAAACAAGUCAGCUGAAAGAAAGAAUGUGGGGUUGUGAUCUUCAUUUCUUGAUUUCAGAAACAGUUCAUUUUUUUUAAUUGAAUUAGAAAUAGAACUUUUUAUCAUUAAAAGAGAAGAAAUAAAAGAAGAUGAAAUAGCAGAAAUAAAUUAACAGUUUUGAAUUCUUCCUCUUGCAUGAUGGUGACAUUGUCAUUAUUGUUAAAGAAAUUGCAAUAACAGAUUCAAUAAAUGCUUUGGGAAAAGGUAACCAAAUGCAGUAAUAAUGAAUUAGCAAAUUAAUAAAUAUAUAUACUAUAAGAGAGAUAAAUACAUAGGUCAUGUUUAUCAGAUGAAGUGUUCCUCUUCAGUAGACAUAGAAAUGUGUAUUACUCAGUAAAAAAUAAAUCUUGCCUCAGCCAUUUGGUGAUAUUUUAAAGGAAUACUCGGAGCCAGAAAGUGAAUUGUUAUGAUGGCUUCUGUUGUAUGAGAGGUUCAAGAAUUGUUGUGCUAGCCAUAUGUGCAUAUAUAAUGCAAGUCUUGUUGAAGAACUGAUUGUGAAACUUCUUUCCCCUGAGUCUUGUCAACUCAUAUUUUCUGAAUUACUUUUAUGAAAGUACAAGUCUUGCAUUGUAAAAUUAUAUUCUCGGUUGAAAGUAAACACAGCUCAAAAUGAAAACCAUUCUUUGUUACACAAACAUUGUUCUGUAAGUCUGGUUAUGUAGACUUUCUUAUCUGAUUUUUAAGUAGACAAUUUAAAUAAAUUGAACUUAAGUCAAUAAUUAUCUUAUUCCUCCCCAUGCCUUUGUGAUAUACAAACAGUAUGGUCUUUGUCUUUGUAGGCAUAGAAUUAACAUCCAAAUGAACCUUGACUCCUUGUCUUUGAUUUAUUUUUUCCAUGAAUGUGCUGUAUUUUCCCGCUGCUUUAGAUUAUAAUGUAAAAUACUUGCUGUGAGUGCUCUCUAUUUGCACUGUCUUUAUUAUGAACAAGUUUUCUUUCUAAAUAUGCUGUAGUAAACUUACUGUAGCCAGUCACAGUAGCCGAGCGGUCUAAGGCAUGCACUGUCUUCGCUCGCUUGGAAGCCGGGAUCGUGGGUUCGA